AUGGUCGAAAUUGAAUUGCAUAAAGAAAUUUCAAAAUAUAUCGAAGAUGGUAUAAAAGCCGAUUGCGAUCCAGGAAAUAAAUCGCAAAAUAUUUAUUUAACAAAUAUGAAUCAGUACGAACAUUGAUCUGCAAACGUUUUUUCGAAAUUUUUUCUCGAACUUGCCGUACGAGAACCGGAAACCAUUAUUGAUGCUGUUGGAACAGGUUGGAUUGUUGAUUUCAUGCUCUGGCAUCAAGCAGAUGAAAGUAUUCCUAUACAGAUCUGUCGGAUUCUUUGUUCAUGGCUCGACAAUCCUCAUAUUCGAUCAAAAGGAAAACUUUCUUUGGUUUUACAGCAAAUCUUCGCUCCUUUAAUUGAGAUGAAUUUUUCUUCAUUUUACAUUGAUCGAAGCGAUCAUACCACGUGUUCUUUGGAAAGCAAGACAGUUUUGAAUAAUAUUAGCAAUAUAUUCAUAGAAUUUUUUCAUUCAUGGCAGGGUCUUAUCGCUUUUUCUAUUCCCGAGUUUAAUUCGAACAAUUCGCUGGUAUCACCGAUAAGAAUUCUAGAUCAACUAUCGAACGAUUCCUCUGCCGAUCGACGAUUAUAUGAAGUACGAGUUAUGUUAAUUGAUUGUAUUUGUAAACUUCUUGAUUUCUCAUAUGCACAUCGAAAAUUUGACUCAUGGACAGAUGCUACCGAAUUUUAUUCAGCUGCACAUGGUUUGAAUGGUAAUGAAUCGCUGGAGAAUGAUUUUAUUGUUGCUGAAUAUGAAUAUUCAAUAAAAAAUGAUCAGGAACACUGUGAGCAUGUGAAUUUAUUAUUUUCAUUUCGUGCAUUGAUGUUGUAUUUUUUCGUCAAUUCAAAUAUUGUCCAGGUAAUGUUAAUAUUUCAGAUUCUGUCACGUUUAAUUUUAACUGAUUUCGAUAGUCAGCUGGGAAUUAAAGCAACACUUCUUUUAGCUGAUAUUAUUCUACUGGGAUCAAUGUUCUUGCCAGUCGAAUGGCGUUAUCGAGUAAUGAGUUUGCCUAUGCUUGUUGAAAGCUCAUGCGAGGUCCAAUUAAAUGCUACUGAAAAAUAUAAUAGAGAAUCUUUCACUUUUUCCAACUCCAGAAAUGCUCCUUUAAUAUUAAAUCGUUUGGAUUUGCUAAACGAAAUAUCUUUUCAUAAAAAAGGGCAUUCAAAUUUAUCAAACUUACAUCUUUUUAUGCAAAAAUUCAAUUCUGAAACGAGAAGUUAUUCAAAUACGAGAAUAAAUUUAUCAGAAAAAUCGAACGUCGAUAAGGAUAUUUUCGGCGACAUUGAAAAUAUGUUUGCAAAAAUAUGUGAUGGAACGAAGGGGAAAUUGAUGUGGCCAGUAGUUGAUAGAAUUGUUAAACUUCUUGAAACUGACCAUUCAUUAAUUAUUCGGCACAAACAUUCAGAGAAGUGCCACAAAUUUUUCACUGAUUUACUACAAUAUUUAUCACCUUUGAAGCAAGUCGGCAUUGCGAAUGCCAGUUUCUUUGAUCAAGAUCCAUUUGUUGUUGGAUGUGCGUGUCGGGCAUUACGUCUUUUGCCACCGCUUUGUGAAGUGGAAUUGUAUUUUGAGGAACUGAUUAUGAAAUUUAUUCAGGAAUGCAUGAAUGAUCUAGAACUAAACAAAAUAAACAGUGGUAUCUUCUAUCAUCGGAAUUUGGAAUCAUCUUAUUCGAUGUAUUAUUUCGCAAUGAUCGGUGGAAUAUCAUCGCACAGGUAUGGUCGUAAAAUAUUGGAAAAAUCGCAAAUACUACAGAGGUGA